UGUAUAUUGGACGACAGGAAGAAGAAAAUGCCCAGGAGCCUCCACCUCUGCAGACCAAGCACUUGUCCUUUCGUUUCCAAUCUGGUCUCUCGUUCGGAUGCCACCCUACCCUGGUCGAACCGCCAACUCCGCCCGAAUCCUUCUUCCCUUCACUGGGUGGCUCGUUCGAUCGAUGCUUCCCCUCUUUGCGGCCCAAGCCAGGCGAGGACUCCACAGUCCUACUCCUCUCUCUUGGGUCGAUGUGCGGAGACGAGAUGCUUGUUAGACGUUCGGAGAGUUCAGACCCAUUUGAUAAAAACCGCUCUCUGCCCCACCCUUUUGGGUCACAAGCUAGUGGACGCCUACCUGAAGUGCAGCAGCGUGAGCGAUGCUCGCGGCGUGUUCGACGAAAUGCCCGAAAGGCACGUGGUCACCUGGAAUUCCAUGAUCGCUUCUUAUAUCAAGCGGAGAAGAAGUGAAGAAGCGGUGGAGCUUUAUGAGAGGAUGAUGAGUGAGGGAGUCUUUCCCGAUGAGUACACGUUCUCGAGCGUCUUCAAGGCAUUUUCGGACCUUGGGCGGGUGGCCGGUGGUCAGAGAGCUCACGGGCUCGCCGUGGUGUUGGGGUUGGAGGUUUCCAAUGUGUUUGUUGGUAGUGCUCUCGUUGAUAUGUAUGCGAAGUUUGGUAGAAUGAGAGAUGCGCAGUUGGUGGCAGACCGAGUAACAGACCAAGAUGUGGUUUUGCUUACGGCAUUGAUUGUUGGUUACGUGCAACAUGGCGAGGAGUUCAAGGCUCAAGCGGUUUUCUCGGAUAUGGUCAGGAAGGGGAUCAAGCCUAAUGAAUUCACUCUUGCAAGCACUUUGAUUGGUUGCGCAAACUCAGCAGAUUUAAAAUCUGGUAAAUCGAUUCAUGCAUGUAUAGUCAAAGCUGGCUUUGACUAUGCAAUCGCUUCACAAACUUCACUCUUGACAAUGUACUCGAAAUGCGGAAUAAUUGAUGACUCCUUCAAGGUGUUCAAUUAUUUGGCCAACCCAAACCUCGUGACAUGGACAUCUCUCAUUGUAGGUCUGGUGCAAAAUGGUAGGGAAGAGAUCGCUCUUUUGAAAUUUCGGGAAAUGCUGCAAAAUUCAGUAAAUCCUAACUCUUUCACAUUAUCAAGUGUUCUUCGAGCGUGUUCUAGCCUAGCCAUGCUGGAAACAGGAAAACAAAUCCAUGCAGUUCUCACAAAAUAUGGAUUAGUUAGAAAUGGUUAUGCUGGAGUAGCACUUAUUGACUUGUAUGGAAAAUGUGGAAUGGCAGAAAUGGCAAGGUCGGUCUUUGAUCGGUUGAUAGAUAUAGACGUGGUGUCUAUGAACUCCAUGAUAUAUGGCUAUGCUGUAAAUGGUAUGGGACAGGAAGCACUUGAAUUGUAUAAUAGGAUGAAAGAUUUGGAGCUUGAGCAAAAUCAGGUGACAUUUGUGGCUGUUCUUUUGGCAUGCAGCAAUGCAGGGUUGGUUGAAGAGGGUUGGCAGAUCUUUUCAUACUUACGAGACAGUCGUGAAACAGAAUUGAGAAGAGAUCAUUAUGCAUGCAUGGUCGAUUUACUGGGGAGAUCAGGAAGACUUGAAGAGGCUGAAAUGUUGGUGACACAAAUGAAUAAUCCAGAUCUUGUUAUGUGGAGGACACUGUUAAGUGCAUGUAGGGUUCAUGGAGAUGUAAAAACGGCAGAGAGAGCCAUGAAAAAAGUGCUUGAACUAGCACCAGGAGAUGAAGGAACGCAUGUGCUGUUGUCAAAUCUAUAUGCCGCGACUUGCAAUUGGAGUCAGCUUAUCGAGAUGAAAAGCACGAUGAGGGAUAUGAAACUGAAGAAGAACCCCGCGGUGAGUUGGGUUGAAGUCGAUAGAGAAGUUCAUACUUUCAUGGCUGGUGAUUUAUCUCACUUGGGAUCGAAAGAGAUACUUAACACGCUGGAAGAACUGAUUGAGAAAGUUAGAAAUCUUGGUUAUAUCCCGGACACUAGAUAUGUGUUGCAGGAUUUGGAUGAAGAGAAAAAGGAGACAUCAUUGUAUUACCACAGCGAGAAACUGGCAUUAGCUUUUGCUUUAUCAAGGACUAAAAAUAAGACUAACAGUGUCAGGAUUCUUAAGAAUCUUCGAGUUUGUGGGGAUUGUCACUCUUGGAUGAAAUAUGUCUCUGUCGCUGUUGGAAGAGAAAUUGUUGCAAGAGAUGCAAAGAGAUAUCAUCAUAUUAAGGAUGGUCUGUGUUCUUGCAGAGACUAUUGGUGAAUCAGUUUUUGGUUCUUGAUAAUAACAUCUCCGCCAGCAUUUAAGUGACUGAUAAAAGAAGGGGUGCAGUUCUAUGAUCUUUAUAUCAGGGACAAUUUGGAUAAGGAAUUAUUGUAGUUUUUAUAUGAAAGCUCUGGAAAAUUUAUGUUGGAAAUAGGAGCCUUGACCUUGACGUGAGAAGAAAAAUGGAGAACAAGUUACUCGGCCAUAGUUCCGCGACAGAGAAAAGGUAUCUUAAAAUUAAGAUGCCGGCAAUUUUGUUGUCUAAAGGUCUUGAAUAAAGCAUCAGCAGAGUAGUGUAUAAAUGUAUGAUUGGAAGCUCCAUUCUUUGUCAUCAAAAUUGAUCUCAUAUGUUCAUACAACACAUUACGCAAAUUUUGCUUGGUAUAUUUAUAGUGAUUUGGCUA